CUCUAGGCUUGGUGCGGCUGCGAUCUUGAAGCUGUGGACGCGGUGACGGCCUCGCAGCAUAUAUUGGUGAGACCAGCCGAGAGGGAUGGCUGAGAUGUCGGCACGUGUGUGUAUGUGCGCCGUGCAGGGUCACUGGUUGAAGAUCUUGUAGCAGCUCAAGAUGAACGAAGGGGAUGAGGCGGUGAGGCCAUCCAUUCUCAGACACUCAUCACGCAGCAAGAUGCCUGAGUCUGGCUCUGUGCUGUCAGGUUAUCGUCCCCGAGCCUCCAACUGCCGGGCAGCCCAAUACCUCUGCAUGGCGGCGUGCAUCAGGUGGGUCGGAUACACGUGCACCAUCUUCACGUACAUGACGGCCCAUCCAUUCGUUUGUAUGUGUGCUGUGCUGUCCGUCGUCAUGUGUGUGCAGCAGGCCCAGAGCGAUACUGGCCUGAGCAGGUACGUUUCGUCAGUGGAACGGCCAUCAACAUGGAGCACGUCUGGCGGCUGCUCGAGAAGAAGAGCAACGGAGCGGUCAACAAUGCGCCAGGUCGCAUCUUCGAGACCAUGUGGCACAACGGACAGGAGUUCCGGCAUCUGAAGCUGCCACUCCAGCAGGUGGGCACGCAGACCAGACGCCCGUGUGCACGUGUGUGUGUGUAUAUCUGUGUAUGUGUUGUUCAGGAGCGAGCUGAAGUGAUUGCCAACAUAGCGCUGGACCUGGUCGCUCACCAAAAGGCGUUCUACAUGAAGGUGUCGGCCACGCGGAUGAAGGACAUCGUUGCCGAGAUGCUGCUGCAAGAGGACGAGCUGCUCGAGACCAUCAAGAUCACCGACACGGAUCACCCCGCCUACAAGGACCGAUCGGAGCAGAAGAAGGGGCACUACGGCUGCAUGGCCAUAGCAAAGAAAGAGAUCGGCAAAUACACUGCCAUCGGUGACCCCACCCCCACCUUCAGCCACCCAGCGCCGCACUCGCGAAGUGUCCGUCAAUGUGUGUGUGUGUGUGUGUAUGUGGCUUGGUCAGGUUUGUACGGCGGCGACUUGAUCCCCGACGACGACAAUAACCCAUACCGGCAGAAGGUCCUCCGGUCGGAGGGCUGGAGCCAGUACUACUCCUACUCGGUGACGGCCUAUCGGACGGGCAAGGGGGCGGGCACUCAUCAGGUGGGAGCGGCCAAGCGGGGCAAGGGACGGCGCGGGAAGAGCAACAGGCCAUCAGUCGACACGGACGACGAGGGCAAUGACGACGACGAUGGUGGGGACAACAUCUUCGAGCUCGACCCAAAGGAUGCGCAGCCACACAGGUGAGUCGGUCACGCCGACGGGGUCGAUGUGUGUCUGUGUUUGUAUGUGUGUAUGUAUGUGUGUCAGGGAUGAUGAAUGACCCUCGUUUCACGCGCAAGAAGGCCAACGUGGUGGUCCUGCCGUGCCAAUACUACGGCAUCCCGCUCAUCUGCCACGUCACUCUGGAGGAUGUAGCCGAAGGGGAGGUAGGUGCUCACUCACCAGCCAACAAAGGCACGCCGACAGAGGGAUGGGUGGAUGCUGCAUGCAUCCAUGUUCAGGAGUUGCUAGUGAGGUAUGGGUCUAGCUUCUGGGACCCUAUAGACCAACAAAACAAGCAACAGGUGGGCUCGCCAAACAUGCAUUCGGAUGGGGGUGAUUGUUAUGUUGCACAUGCGGCCUCUCAGUUGCGCGAGUACAAGGUGAGGGACGAGAUGCAGCAGGAGCGCUUCAUCGAGGUCAAGAAGGAAAAGGGAGGUGAGGGGAAUAGCCAGCACGCCACAGCACACACGUCGCUGGGUUGGCAUACUUGGAUGAAUGGAUGGAUGGAUGGAUGUGCAUGCAGAGUCGGAACAGCAGGAACAGCAGCUACGAGGCCAGCUCGCCGACAGGGAUCGACAGGUGGCAGAUCUAAAGCAGCAGCUCGCCGCCGCUCUGCAGGGAAAUGCCAGUCGAGAAGGUGGCUAGCCGGAUGCCAAUGAUCGAUCCAUUUGUCUAUCUGCGUAUAUGUGAAUGUGUGCGUUUCAGGUGACCAGGGUGGACAGCCGCUGGAUGGGGCGCGUCAGGAUGUGCAGGCGGUAAGGGAGACGACAUGCUUCAUCCAUUCGUCACCCUGAUCGAGUCCACGAAUGAUUGUGUUGUGUGCAGCCCCUCGUUGCCGUCAAGCAGGAGCCCAUCGACAGUCCCCCGAUGCGUGCGGCCCCUGACCCGAACAUCCCGCCAUUUGGUAACACAUGCUUUCGUCGAAUAUUCGGCUAUGCUGGCCAUCUCAUCUUUGUACGUCAAGGUGUUGCGGGCGGCCUGCCUCCCUCUCCUCACCCAGACCCCAUCCCUCACCUCCCCACCGCCGCUCCCAUCGCCCCCUCAUACACCGGGCCAGCUGUAGCCUAUCCCUUCACCGCCCCUGCCUUCUUCCCAGCCGACCACCGCAUGUCCGAUGAGGCGCUCGGCGGGAAGCGCAAGCGUGCUGGGGAGGGUAAGGGAGUGUCUGACGGUGCGCUGGGCGACGAUGACGAGGGUUUGCCGUAUGUCAAGAGGCCACCUCCCUCUGAGAGUCGGUCUGGUGAGGAGGAGAAGGUCGACCCUGGUGAUCUGUUCGACAGCAUCCCGGUGGACGAGGAUGGGCAGCUCUGGUCGGUGGGCUCGAUCGGCCAUCCUGAGGGGAGGUGCCAUCCCUGCAACUACGUGCGGGCGCCGGGGGGGUGUCGGCAUGGCGUGAAAUGCCAGGAUUGCCACCUCAAGCACCCACCCAAGUGGCGAAAGGAGGUGCUCCGCCGCAGACUCGCGGCCCUCGACAAGGAGCGGCACCCUGAUGUAGCGGCCGAGGUGAGUGCUCGAGAUAGCCAGAUAGACAGACCGACAAGACACAUCCUCUCACUGAUCGAUUAAUGUGUUGGUCAACGUUCGUGUCUGUGUGUGUGCAGCUGACGCCCAUGUUGGAGGAGAUGGUGACCAAGAAGAAGUACGAUCGCGCACUCGGCCUGCUGCAGGAGGCAGAGGGGAUGACGGCCGGUCCAGGGCAACCACAGGCGCGGCAACAUAGUACCGGGUAUGCACUUGAAUUGCAGACAAACCAACACCAUGCGACAAAAGUGAUCACCCGAAUGCACUGCACUCUCCCGGCUGUGUGUUUGAUUUGUCAGUCCUUCGUCAUCGGGCAUGAGCAGCAGCAGCAGCACACCAUUCGUCGCGUCGGGUGCAUAUGCCCAACCGCAGCAGCAGCAGCAGGCCUAUGAUGGUGCCGCUGCGGGUCCCGGUGUGCCGGCGAUGCACGGCCCCUCGACUGCCAUGAAGAUGGGCAUGGUUGGCGGCCCUAGAUUCCCACGCCCAGGCGCCUCUGGGACGGGGGCACACGGACAUGGAUUCGCGACAGACAUGUGAGGAGGACGCUCACACAGAACGGGCAAGUACCUGUGGUGUGGAUCCUCUCUGUAUCUGCGUGUGUGUAUGUGGCUGGCCAUCCUUCUCUUGUCAGGUAUUUCGGCGGUGCUGGCGGUGGUGGUGGCAUGAUGUCGAUGAGUGCGGGAGGGGGCAGCAUGUCUGUCGGCAGCAGUGGCAUGGGCAUGGGUGGCGGCCGCUCCCCCAUGUACGGCGCAAGCACGAUGGCCCCCCCGUGGCGCACGCAGCCCGGCCCAGGUCAGCGGCAGGGCACCAGGCCCUUCAUGAGCCCCCACACCGUGGGUGGCAACCUGGGGAGUAUGGCUGGUCCGGGCUGGCAGGGGUGGAACGGGGGAGGGAUGCACGGUGUGGGGUGGCCACGUGAGGGCAGAUAGAUGGACGUUGCCGACAGACAGAAUUAUUCUGGCUGCAUGUGACGCAAAGGGGAUAGGUGAAUGCAAGACAUGUGCGUUUUUGACCCUUUUGUGUCGCUUUCGUGUGUGUCAUGCAUGCUGCGUGCAGUGUCUUGAUUGAUGGACACGUGUACGUACCUCAAUCGAUU